AUGUCCCUCAGGACCCUCGCUGUCCCCACAGAGCCACCCCUGGGCGAGGAUGACGAGGACAAGGACCUGGAGGCGCCGGCCGUGGCCGUGGCCAAAGUGGCCGGAGCGGCCGCGGGACCCUCGGACACCGACAUCACCGCGGAGUUCCUGCAGCCACUGCUGACCCCUGAGAACGUGGCCAACCUGGUGCUGAUCAGCAUGGUGUACCUGCCCGAGGCCAUGCCUGCCUCCUUCCAGGCCACCUACACGCCGGUGGAGUCGGCCGGCACCGAGGCGCAGAUCAAGCACCUGGCGCGGCUCAUGGCCACGCAGAUGACGGCGGCGGGGCUGGGGCCAGGUGUGGAGCAGACCAAGCUGCUGCGGGAGGAGCCCAAGGAGGAGAAGGUGGCCAAACCGGACGGCGUGGUGGUCAUCAAGCGGCGCCUGUCGGCCCUGGGCCAGGGCCAGGCCAUCGCCGUGCUGGGCGCCCACGGCUCGGCCGCCGGGCUGCUGGACGAGACCCCCCAGGCCAAGCGCCGGCCCGAGCCCAUCAUGCCGGCCACGCAGCCACGCCUGGCAGGUGCCGGGGGCCGUAAGAAGGUGUUCCGGCUCAGCGAGGUGCUGAAGCCGCUCAGCGAGGUGCAGGUGGAGAAGCUCAAGCUCGGCGCCGUGCGGAGAAUCCUGCGCUCCGAGAGGGCCGUGGCGGCCAGCGGGGCUGCCCAGGCCCGAGUGAAGAUCCUGGCCUCGCUGGUGACGCAGUUCGAGGUGCCCCUCAAGGGCGAGGUGCUCUCCUUCAUCCUGGACGACGUGCGCGGGCGCCUGGACCUGGCGUUCGCGUGGCUGUUCCAGGAGUACAACGCGCACCUGGCGCGCGGCGGCGCCGGCGGCCUGGAGCGCUACGACGAGUGCCUGAUCGGGCUGCUGGCCGGGCUGCAGGAGAAACCCGACCAGAAGGACGGGAUCUUCACCAAGGUGGUGCUGGAGGCGCCGCUGAUCACCGAGAGCGCCCUGGAGGUGAUCCGGAAAUACUGCGAGGACGAGAGCCGCGCGUACCUGGGCAUGGCCACGCUGCGGGAGCUGAUCGCCAAGCGCCCCUCGCGGCAGUUCCAGUACCUGCACGUGCUGCUGGACCUCAGCUCCCACGAGAAGGACAAGGUGCGGCAGCAGGCGCUGCUGUUCAUCAAGCGCAUGUACGAGAAGGAGCAGCUGCGCGAGUACGUGGAGAAGUUCGCGCUCAAUUACCUGCAGCUGCUGGUGCACCCCAACCCCCCCUCGGUGCUGUUUGGGGCUGACAAGGACACAGAGGUGGCAGCCCCCUGGACAGAGGAGACCAUCAAGCAGUGCCUGUACCUGUACCUGGCCCUGCUGCCCCACAACCACAAGCUGAUCCAUGAACUCGCCUCCGUCUACACCGAGGCCAUCGCCGACAUCAAGCGCACCGUGCUCAGGGUCAUCGAGCAGCCGAUCCGUGGCAUGGGCAUGAACUCCCCCGAGCUGCUGCUGCUGGUGGAGAACUGCCCCAAGGGCGCCGAGACGCUGGUGACACGCUGCCUGCACAGCCUGACGGACAAAGUGCCGCCCUCCCCCGAGCUGGUCAAGCGCGUCCGGGACCUUUACCACAAGCGGCUGCCGGACGUCCGCUUCCUGAUCCCCGUCCUCAACGGGCUGGAGAAGAAAGAGGUGAUCCAGGCGCUGCCCAAGCUGAUCAAACUGAACCCCAUCGUGGUGAAGGAGGUGUUCAACCGGCUGCUGGGGACACAGCACGGUGACGGCGCCUCGGCCGUGUCCCCCCUGAACCCCGGGGAGCUCCUGAUCGCCCUGCACAACAUCGACUCCUCCAAGUGUGACAUGAAAUCCAUCAUCAAAGCCACCAACCUGUGCUUUGCCGAGCGGAACGUGUACACGUCGGAGGUGCUGGCGGUGGUGAUGCAGCAGCUGAUGGAGCAGAGCCCGCUGCCCAUGCUGCUGAUGCGCACGGUGAUCCAGGCGCUGACCAUGUACCCGCGCCUGGGGGGCUUCGUCAUGAACAUCCUGUCCAGGCUCAUCAUGAAACAGGUGUGGAAGUACCCCAAGGUGUGGGAGGGGUUCAUCAAGUGCUGCCAGCGCACGAAGCCGCAGUCCUUCCAGGUGAUCCUGCAGCUGCCCCCGCCCCAGCUCGGCGCCGUCUUCGACAAGUGCCCGGAGCUGCGCGAGCCCCUGCUGAGCCACGUGCGCGCCCUCACCCCACACCAGCAAGCGCACAUCCCGCUGUCCACCAUGGCCAUCCUGGAGGCCACCACGCGCCACGAGCCCGAGGGGACACCUGGAGAGGAGAAGCCCCCCAAACGUGCGAGCGAGGAGGAGCCCAAGGCCAAGGGGGCGCCCCCAGCCCCGGGGGGGGGUCCCAGCUCGGGCUCCUCCCCCUCAGAAGCCCCCCAGGAUUUGGGGGGGUCGGAGCUGGAGCCCCCCUCCAUCUUCAUCAGCGUCCCCGAGGAUGAGGAGAGCUCGGGGGGAGGGGACGCGUCCCCCCCCGACGCCGCCCUCGAUGUCCCCAAGGACCCCCCCGCGGGCACGGAGCCCCCCCAGACCCUGCCCCCCCCCGGCGAGGCCCCCCCCGGCAGCCCCCCCUCGUCGGAGCCGCCCCCCCCCGGCACCCAGAGCCCCGAGGGGCCCCCGGGGGGGGUCCCCGAUGUCCCCACCGAGGGCUGA